AGACAGAGACUGUUGUUGCAGCUGGACUAUUGUGCACACUUUGUGUUCCCUUUGUCGUUUCAUCAUGGAGACCCCGCGGUACCCCAUCAGCGUCCGUUUGACUGGAGUGAUCCACAAACAGAGCAGUAAAAUGUUCGUGACCUCCGUGCUGUGGUCGGAUAACAAUGACAUUGUCGUUUACAGAGGUUUUCGGGAUUUCGAGAAAAUGCACAAACAACUAAAGAAAGAAUUCCCAGCAGCAAGUAAACUGAAUACAUCUGACAGAAUCAUCCCCAAAUUUCAAGUCAAGAAGAUGAAACUAGGGGGACAGAGAAAGGGCCCCGCGAAAUCGCUUGAAUGCCUGAAGUUCUUGCAGAAAUAUUGUAAUGAGCUUCUAAGCUGCGACCCGCGGGUCUGUCAGUGCGCCAGCCUCAUCCAGUUCUUCCACCCCAAAGGCCAGGACCUGCAGCCUGACUUCUCUAAGAACAGCAUCAUGAUCAUGCCAUCAGAGGAUGAAAUCGGAACCGAUGUGGGGCACGGUAACAGUGGUAGUGUGACCCAGCCAUUUGUCAUGGAAACAUACAGAUGUGUGGCCCCAUAUGAAACCAAAGACACCAAGAACAAACCUUUCAAAGUGGCAGCAAAUGAAAAAUUGGAUGUGCUCAUCAAAGACAAAACAGGUUGGUGGCUUGUGGAGAGUGAAGACAAACAAAUUGCCUGGUUCCCUGCCCCCUACCUGGAAAGGCUAGAUGAUGAUGACAUAGAUGAGACCGCUGAAAAAGGAAUGCUGUACACUGCAGUCAAGAGCUACAAAGCAACCAAAGAUGACGAGAUAACUGUAACCAUCGGUGCACUGGUGGAGGUCCUGCAGAAGUCUGACAACGGCUGGUGGCUCAUCAGAUACAAUGGCAAAGCAGGUUACAUCCCCACCAUGUAUCUGCAACCCUACAACUGCAUUCGUAUACACAUGACAACCCAUCAUCAAGAUCGGCGUGACUCUGCCCCGGCCAACAUCCUCUCCUCGCGAUUGGAACAGUGCCAACAGCUUCCACCUGCCAGGUCUUCCUCGGCCCAGCAACGCAGAGAGCAGAGGUCACACUCUCUUAACAUCUUUUCUCAACAACCUCCUGCUCACCUUGCAGCAAGUGCCUUUGCUGCUAUCAUUGGCACGACGCCCGCUGCUGCAAAACAGGCUCCUCCACACACCAUCAUAGUGGAGAGUGAUGGAGAAGAGGUACAGCAUGGCAGAAGCCUGGCAACAGGAAGUGAGAGGAGCUUGGCAAGCGCCGGCAGCGAGUUCAGCUUCAGUGAUGACCUCAGCUCCUCUUCAGAGAGCUUAUCCCUCAACCUGAACCACAACACUGGUGAUGAACAGCUGCGUGUCAGCCAUACACCUCCACCCAUCCCUAGCAACCGCCUUAGCCCAACGAGCUGCCCAGAGAAGAAAAUAAUUCUCAGUGCCUCUGAUCCAUUACUCUAUAAGGGACACACAGCACCUAAAGUUCCACCCAGGCCACAGGCUCAGGAGAUCCUCGCCCGCUGCACCAGCAUCACCUGCAAGAAUGUAGUCGGAAGUAACCUGUCGGCCACACAGACUGAGAUACUGAGUCGCUGAAUGAUGUCUUUUUUUUUUAAACCUUCUUUUGCUUAAAAACGAGCUCUAUUAAGUACAUCUGUUGAUGACAUUCAUUUAAUGAUUGACCUGAGAAAUUAAGAUGACUAUUCAGAUAAAUGGCUCUUGAUUCCUUGCAUUAUAUGUCUUCAUGUGACUGUGGGAGCAUGUAAUAGUUAGGGUUAACAUGUGAUAACACUGAUUUCAGGUUUACUAAGGUUGUUUGUAUCUUUGAGACUGACAAGUAUGCAGAAAAUGUACAAAGACGUGUUUACAACUUGAACCAAACCAGCUUUGACCUAAAACAAAAUGAUUAAUCAAAAUACACUAAAUAUUCACAGCUCAACCCUUCACCAUUUGAAUGAUUUGUUUUCCAUACUGGAAACCUCAUGUUGUGCUUUAUAUGCAUAUUAAUGUGCUGAGUGCACAGCAAAUGAUUUUGUUCUUGUGAUUGCAGAGAAAAUAAACGGUUGUCUGAAAUACCA